GGUUGGAAAUAAAACACACAUCGUCACAUCGCUCUCGGUCCAGAGAUUUCAUAUGUCUGUAAACCCUAGAAACUCAAAAUCAAAAUCAAAGAUGACAGACCACAUACCAUUCGAAAUCCAAUCGGAAAUCAUGAGAAGACUUCCUGUGAAAUCGUUGCUUCGAUUCAGAUCCGUCUCCAAUUCAUGUAAGUCUCUAAUCGACAGCUCUCACUUUAUUAAGCAUUAUAUCGGCCCACAACAACAUCUGCUUGUAAAGUAUCUAGAUGUGGAUAGUUUUAUCAAAAAAUAUGUUUCAAUUGUUGAUGAUGAUGAUCGUACUUUCCCCGUUCAGGAUCUUUCCCCCAUACUUCCUCCAUAUGUCUACAUACUUGAUAAUCUUUCAAUAAUCGGAAGCUUUCACGGCUUGCUGUGUUUGUAUGAUUCUAAUCACAAUACCAAUGCAAUGAACUUGGCUGUUCUUUGGAAUCCUUCAAUUAGGAAAGCGGUCGGUGUUGUUGUGCCUGAAACGGAAGAUAAUAACGAGGACCGUACCGUUUUAGGUUUUGGGGUGUGUCCUGAGACUAAUGACCCUAAGAUUGUCAAGAUCACUCAUUCUAAUGACCUUUGGCAAGUUGAGGUGUUUACAUUAAGCACGGGGGCAUGGAGAAGUCCACAUGGCAGCAUUUUCCCUCGUAGUAAUUCGAUUUUUAUUCGAUGGGAUCAGGUAGUUUUAGAUGGGUGUGUUUAUUGGCUUGCUACUGAUGAUACAAGUGAAAUUAGUCGUGAUAGUUAUCACCUGAUUAUUUCAUUUGAUAUCACAAGUGAAGAGUUUAAAGAAGUAAGCCUGCCGGACGCUUUAGCAACAUGUAACCAUGAAAACUACUUGACCAUAUCUAAGCUAAUGAACUCUCUUGUUGUGCUUGAGCGCAAUGAAGGGGAAAUGCUUUACAAUGUAUGGAUGAUGGAGGAUGGUGUUUCUAAAUUGUUUAUAAAGAUAUUCACUAUUUGCCGACUAGACGAUGUAGCAAUUCUAAGACCAUUUGUACUAGAAUUUAGGAAGAGUGGUGAACCUGUAAUUCGAGUAGACCGUAUUCCUGGACGGUCACUUGUUGUUUAUGAACCGAACUCAAAACGCAUCAAUAAUCUUGGGGUUAAUGCAGGUUGUUUCUUUGAUGUGACAACCUACAUGGAAACACUACUCCUGCUUGAUCAGCCAGAUAAUUUCAUUUAUGAAAACAAGAAGGUAUAAACCAUUGGAGACGUUGAUUUCUUGUACUUUGUAUUCGAUACGCCCUUGAAUCGCUCCAUGUCUCAAGAGCUGAAUUUCAUUUCUUCAAGGUUGUAUUUCAAAUUCAAUCAACCGCUGGUCUUUUGUGUACAACUAGAAUUUGGGUAGUGUUUGGUAUUUAAGUUUGGCAUGAAGGAUGAAAUGAUUGUGAUUUGUGGUGGAAUGAAAAAACACAUGUUUGUUAAUUUGCUAAUGUUUAUCAUGUUGAAAUAGAAGAGACUAUUUCUUAAA